AUGUGUAGGUGGAGCACCAAUUCAAAGCAUUUGUGGGUGCCCAUUGUGCUUUUCAGCUUGUUCCUCUGGAUGACGCAGUUGCAGUGCCAACAAAUGAAUGACUAUGACCAAAUUGAUAGCCCUGCUGUUCUUCCCCUCGUCACUCAGCUUGUGUACAGUCAAAUCUCCAAUUUGACAUCAAUCAUCAGCCAGGAAAUUAGCAGGGAGUCCACUUUCUGUGUCAAAGAUCCGGAUGCUGAUUGGAAUCAAGCAUUUAAUUUUUCAACCGAUUUGGACUUUUUGGCAUCUUGCAUUAAGAAGACUAGAGGAGAUAUUGCAAAACGUUUGUGUACAGCGGCAGAAGUGAAGUUUUUCUUGGAUAGUUUAUUGGGGAAAUCUGAUGGGCCUGUAGUGAUCUCUCAAGCCAGAAGGUUGAUCUUAAAAAUUCCAAGGAGAUACCUGCAAGAACUUCAAACUGUCAACCAUGUUGUGAAGGCUUCU